AUGUCGAGCAUCGUCGAGCGAUCUUCCGGCAGCGUCGGGAGGAUGGCAGCGCCCGGGUCGCCCCAGCAAGGGCCUGCGCGGCGCGCUCCCUCGAGCGCCCAGCCGCCCAGGGGCAGGAAGUUCAUGGGCGGCACCUACACGCAGCUGGCGGAGAUGGCGGGGCCUCUGGACCUCGCCCAGGUGGCGCUCGAGCGGAAGGAGGUACACGCGAGGGGGAAGGAUCCCAGGUGCGUGGCGCGGCUGAACGCGAACAAGGGGUCGCUCUAUGCCUGCGCCUUCACCGAGAGCGGCAGCAAGCUGGUCGUCGGCGGCGCCGAGCGGGUGCUGAAGGUCUACGACGUGCAGACGCUCAUCGAGUGGGCUCCCGCGCCCGCCCCCCCAGCCGCGGGUGCCGCGGGGCUGCCGUGGCGGAGGGCGUGGAGCACACGCAGCGAGAGGCACGCGCCAGCGAGAAGGGCAUCGCGGAGGCCGUCCGCUUGGGCCGUCUUGGGCCGUCUUGGG